GCAGAAUAACAAGCAAACCCCGCUGGUGAAUAGGCCUGAAGAUUUCCAUAGGUUUCAAAAUGAUGCCUCUUGGGCCUCCAUGUCUCCAGCGUUGCACAUUGGUGCUGAGCCCUUGGCCUCCUUCGACAGUGGAGACACCUCCAUGAAAGAGGUGUUGCUGGAGAUCAAGAAAAAGGUGGACCAAACCAUAGAGGCAGUGAAGGCCUUUGAUAGUAAGAUCUUAGCUUUGAAUUCACGUAUGGACACCCUGGAAGGGCUGAUCCAAAGCCUGGUCCGGUCAGCCACGGCUACGGGCUUCACAAUUAAGAACGAGCAAGCAAAGGUACAGGACUGCAACCGGCACAUUGGGUGCCUGGUUGGCGAGAACAGACGCCUCAGCGACCGGGUGCAGAAGAUUGAGGACCAAGUGCAGCCCCAUAUCCUCAGGAUCUGUGGCUUGCCAGAGGAAGAAGAGGGCCAGGACCUGGUAGCCUUCCUGGAGGAGUGGUUGCCGGGUAUCCUGAAGUUAGACACCAGAGAUGACCCCAUUGUGGUGGAAAGAGCCUACAGGGUUUCUGCCAAACGGCAGAAGGCGGCAAAAGCAGAUCUGUGCAGGACGGUUGUCGCUCGGCUAGCGGAAUUAAGGGACAAAGAGAGGAUCUUGCAGCAAGUUGAGAAGCUGAAACCCAUCACGUAUAAAAACAAACCAGUCUUUAUUUUUCCAGAUACACCCCUCCUGAAAGAGUUCAAAGAAGCCUUCAUGCUGUUCGACAGGACCCCAACGGGAGAGAUGAAGAUCACAUACAGCCAGUGUGGCGAUGUCAUGCGAGCCCUGGGACAGAACCCAACCAACGCAGAGGUCUUAAAGGUGCUGGGGAAACCAACACCCGAAGAACUGGGCGCGAAGAUGCUGGAUUUUGACACCUUCCUCCCAAUGCUGCAGCACAUUGCCCGAUCCAAGGACCAGGGGACUUAUGAGGACUUUGUGGAAGGGCUGCGCGUCUUUGACAAGGAAGGGAAUGGCACCGUCAUGGGGGCUGAACUGCGCCACGUCCUCGCUACUUUAGGGGAGAAGAUGACAGAGGCUGAAGUAGAACAGCUAAUGGCAGGGCAAGAAGAUGCCAAUGGCUGCAUCAACUACGAAGCUUUUGUCAAGCACAUCAUGUCUGGUUGAAGAUGGAAUCCUUAAAGUUCUUGGGAGGAGGGGAAAAAAUCCAUCCAGCAAGAAUUUCUUACCUCAUAUCCCGCACACCUCUACAUUGCCCAGGAGCUGCAUUUGCCACAAGGCAUGUAAGGGGGACUCUCCAUUUCCACAGUGUAACAGCCUCUGUAUAUAAAGAAGGCAUGCUCUUGCAUCAGUUUUAAAACUUUAUUUAUUAUUUUGGUUGUUUCCGUUCUUCUUUCCUUCUGCUCCAUUUGGUCCAUUCAAAUUAAAACGUGAGCGCGCACAGA